UAUUACAUUUGACAUGAUGUUGUUGCGUUAUUUGUUGAUUGUAGGCAUUUGCACUACUCUUUGCUUUCGAAGCUUUUCGCAGGAAAUCACAUCUCUACCAGGGCUUCGGGAAAGCAUCAAAUUUAGGCAGUACGCUGGCAGUGUGGUCGUAGAUGAGACUCACGGUCGAACUUUGUUUUACUGGUUUGUGGAAUCUCAGCGAGACCCGUCCAAAGAUCCGGUUUUACUGUGGUUGCAAGGUGGACCUGGUUGUUCAUCUUUAGGUGGUUUGUUUGAAGAACUAGGUCCAUUUGUACCUUUUGAAAACAAUACUGUUGGCUUGAAUCCGUAUUCGUGGAACAAGAUCAGCAAUGUAAUAUUUUUGGAAUCACCGAGUGGUGUUGGUUUUUCUUACUCUAAUACAACAGCUGACUACAUCGUUGGUGACCAUCGGACAGCACAGGAUAGUGUGACGUUCUUAGUCAAGUUUUUCGAGACAUAUCCACAGUUUUCACAUCUCCCAUUUUGGGUCACUGGAGAGUCGUAUGGCGGUCAUUAUGUUCCAAAUCUUGCAAGUGCUAUUCUCGACUAUAACUCAGUCAUGUCACACGCAAAAAUCAAUCUUCAAGGAUUUAUGGUGGGCAAUGCUUGGACUGAUCCUACAUUUGACAAUUUUGGUGCAACAAAGUUCUGGUACUCUCAUGCACUGAUCAGUGAGAAAACAUUUGAAGGCAUGCAGAAAAAUUGCAAUUUUAGUGACAUUGGACCUUUAGGUAUUGAUAUUAACAUUGAUGAAUGCCAACAGAACAGGAUGAAUGCUUACAAGGAAAUGGGUGACAUCAAUGUUUAUAGCAUAUACUCAAAUGUCUGCACUCGGCCAAGGUAUCGAGAUGGAAUACAGUUAAUGCACCAGAUUAAUGAUGAUGUGGACGUAUUUGCUGAAGUAGUCAAUCAAAAACGGUUAACUGAAAAUCCAUGUGUUGGCUCUUUUACUGCAAAAUAUCUGAAUGACAAAGCCGUUCAGAAAGCUAUUCAUGCUCCGAAUAUUAAAUGGGAGAUGUGCAAUGCUGAAACUCUUCACUAUUCCAGAAGUGAUCUCUUGUCAUCGAUGCUGCCUGUUUACAGGAACCUGUUUGGCAAGAUUCGAAUCCUUGUUUACAGUGGUGAUGUCGACGGCAUGGUUCCCAACACAGGUACAAAGAUGUGGUUGGAUCGCCUUAACUUGACAGUUGUGAACGAUUGGCACAAUUGGACUGGAAAUGACGGCCAAGUUGCUGGCUAUGCUACAAACUACAAAGAGAUGACUUUCACAACCAUUCGAGGAGCAGGACACAUGGUGCCACAGGAUCAACCUAGGCGAGCUCUAGAUAUGGUGACAAAAUUUAAUUCUGGAAGUCUAUGACUUUUUACUGUUUGGUUUUUGAUGUAGUGACUUUGGUAUGUCUUGUAUGUACUUAUUAUGCUAGAAUUGCAUAGUAAAGAGUGUGUGCGCGUGAUUUGCUUGAGUAUUGAGAAGGA